GUGGCGCGGAUUCACCGCUCGUUUGGCGAAUCUAUUUAAAGCGACUCUCGACUUCUCUAAACUCGAAUCAUCAUCAACAACCCCUUGAGAUUUCCGAAGAUCACACCAAUCAAAAACCCUAAGAAAGAAGCAGCGAGUGCGCAGUUCAAGAUGGCUUCUUCGAAAAGAAUCAACAAGGAGCUUAGGGACCUCCAAAGGGAUCCUCCUGUCUCAUGCAGUGCUGGUCCUGUGGGUGAUGAUAUGUUCCACUGGCAAGCGACUAUAAUGGGUCCAACUGAUAGCCCAUUCUCUGGAGGUGUGUUUCUUGUUUCCAUUCACUUCCCACCUGAUUACCCCUUCAAGCCACCCAAGGUUUCUUUCCGCACCAAGGUUUACCACCCGAAUAUCAACAGUAACGGCAGCAUCUGUCUUGACAUUCUGAAAGAGCAGUGGAGCCCUGCACUUACCAUAUCCAAGGUUCUUCUGUCGAUAUGCUCACUGCUUACAGAUCCAAACCCUGAUGAUCCUCUGGUUCCAGAAAUAGCUCAUACCUACAAGACAGACCGAGUCAAGUACGAGAGCACUGCCCGAUCCUGGACCCAGAAGUAUGCAAUGGGAUGAUGAUGAUUGGCAGUAAUAAUCUGCACCACCAAUACAUUGCGCAUUGUCUUAAGAAUAAGAUUGAAAAAAAAAAAACAGAGUGUGGCGUUUGCUUGGUUGCUUUAUUAGUUUUAUACAUCUUAAGCCAGUGUGUUGGUUGGCGUACUGUACAUGAGCUUUAUAUUGAGACAUUUUGAGAGCUUGCAAUGCUUUAAAGCCCAAUAAUUGUCUAUUAUGAUUA